AUGGCGUCGACACUACUCGCCCGCUGCACCUGCGGGUCGACCCUCACCCGCUCUCUCCGGACUUCUCCCUCCUCCUUCCGACGAUCAUUCCUUUCGGGACCCAAAGGGCCUGCGAAGCCGGGCAUGUCCGCGCCGCGAAGUAUGCGGCCGGCGAACCGCAAUGUCCCGAGGGUCGAGCCGCCGCCUCCUCCGCCUCCUCCACCACCACCUCCUCCGCCGUCCCCUGAGCCGACUCCUCCGCCUUCCGCAGCUUCAUAUGCGGGAGGAUCUCAAAGCAGUAUGCGGUCGGAGCCUCGCGAUUACGGCGCUCGAGGAUCUGACGCGGGACGGUACGGAGGCGGCGACCGGCGGCAAGGCGAGCCAGACAGGCGUUUCUCCGGCCAGCGAGACUCGCGCGGCACGUACUACCCUAAGCGACGAGUCGUUCCCCAAGGCCCUCCAACCGAGCGCGAACGGGAUCGACUCGCCCAUGUCGCCAUCAACUCGGAGAAGUACGACCCGAAGUCUAAGGAGAAGAUCCAGCGCUCCGCGAAGGCGAUCGGUUACCCUCCCAACGAGAUUGGCGCACGCAUCGACGAACACCGACUUCGCAGUAGGCGUCAGGGAGGUCCUGCACCUGUCGAGACGAACGCUCGUCCCGGCAGCGCGAGUCCGGUGCGAGAAGUUGUUGGGUCGGAGCGGGAAGGACGGGGUCGCGAGCGGACCAAGGAUCGGCGGGGUCGCGGAGGGGACGCUGGCGGCUUCAAGAGCAAGAAGGAGCGCGAGGCGGAGGAGCGAGAACAGCGUGAGCUGGAGAGGCAGUGGGCGGCCAAGAAGGAGAAGGAGGCCAAGCUGUUGGCGCAGGCGCGCGAGCGCGAGAUGCCGCAGCGGCGAGCGGCGAACCAGGUCGAGCUGCCGUCGAUGCUGAGGAUGAGCGACCUGUCGCAGCUUCUUAGGCGAUCCAUGUUCCGUGUCAAGAUAGCAGCCGAGCAGAUCGGUCUGGAGGACACACGACCCGAGCGAAUGCUUCUUGCGGAGGACGCCGCCCUGAUCGCCCUCGAGCUGGGUUUCGAGCCGGUCAUCGACGAUGAAGCCGGCUUCGACCUCUACCCGGCUCCUCCUGCGCCACCCGAGAAACUCGCGCCUCGCCCUCCCAUCACCGGUAUCUUCGGCCACGUCGACCACGGCAAGACGUCUCUCCUCGACGCUCUCCGCUCAACCUCGGUCGCAGCUGGCGAAGCCGGCGGUAUCACUCAGCACAUCGGUGCCUUCGAGGUCAGCGUGAACGCCAUGGUAGCCAACCUGCGGGCCAAGACCGAAGGACUUCCCGCUCCUCCGCCUUACGAGCCGAAGGAAGGUGACCCGACUAUCACCUUCCUCGACACACCCGGCCACGCUGCCUUCACCGCCAUGCGUGCUCGUGGUGCUGGCGUGACGGAUGUUGUCGUCCUUGUCGUUGCGGCGGAUGACGGCGUCAAGCCGCAGACAGAAGAGGUCAUCGGCCUCAUCAAGUCGGCUCCCGACGUCAGCCCUGUCGUCGCCAUCACCAAGGUCGACAAGCCUGGCAUCGAUACGAAGAAGGUCAAGCACGGCUUGAUGGCGGCUGGCAUCGACGUCGAAGAGCUCGGCGGCGAGAUCCCCUGCGUCGAGGUCUCAAGCGUGACGGGUCAGGGUCUCGCAGAGCUACUUGAGACUAUUUCUGCGAUUGCCGAGGUCAAGGAGCUCAAGGCGGAGCGGGAAGGUCGUGUCGAGGGUCGUGUCCUGGAGGCGCGGGUAGACCAUGGACGAGGAAACGUUGCGACCAUUCUCGUUACCCGCGGCCGUCUUCACUCUACCGCCUCUCUCGUCGCCGGUACGACCUGGGCGCGAGUACGCACGCUUCUGCCGCCCUCGGGCGAACCCGUCGAGGCCGCCUACCCUGGUCAGCCUGUCGAGGUGACGGGCUGGAAGGAGCUUCCUGAGGCAGGUGACCUCGUCCUCGAGGCCGAAUCGGAGGACGACGCGAAGAAGUGUAUAGCGAACAGGUUGAGGAGGCAGGAGGACGAGAAGAUGAUGAGCGAGGUCGAGGUCAUCAACGAGAAGCAGAAGCGUGACGCGGAGAUCCAGGCGAUCAGGCGGGCUGAGGAGCGGAAGGCGAGGGACGAAGGCUUGCGCGGUAACGCUGUCUCGCAUGCCGGCGAUGUCGCGGUUGAGCAGCUUACCGCGUCGAGCGGUGACGAGAUCAAGGAACGGCUGCUCGUGGUGAAGGCGGACGUGAGCGGGACUGUGGAGGCUGUCGUCGGCUCGCUCGAAGGCAUUGGCAACAAGGAAGCGAAGGUCAAGAUCAUCCGGGCUGAUGUCGGCGACGUUCACGAGGGAGAUCUCGAUCUCGCCAGGACCGCAGGCGCCGUCAUUAUUGGGUUCAACGUCGACGCUUCGGCAAGCAUCAUGCGGCAGGCGGCUCAACAUCCCCCGGUCACUGUCCACAUCUCCCCCAUCAUCUACCGCCUCGUCGAAAUCGUCCGCAAGGAGACCGCCGCCCUCUUGCCGCCGCGCAUUGAAGUUCGCGUCCAUGGCGAGGCGACCGUCCAGCAGAUCUUUGAGAUCAAGGUCAAGGGUCGCAAGACGCCCAAGGUCAUCGCCGGUUCGCGGUGCUCCAACGGCAUCUUCUCGAAGGCGAGGAAGGUCCGCGUCGUUCGCAACGGCGAGACGAUCCACACGGGAACCGUCGAGACGCUCAAGCAGGUCAAGAAGGAUGUGCUCGAAGUGCAGAAGGGCGUCGAAUGCGGUAUCGCCAUUGAGGAGUUCGACGACCUGCGGCCGGAGGACCUCAUCCAGAGCAUCGAGGAGAUCUCCGUCGCGCGCGAGCUGUAA